CGAGAUUUCUAGAACCACACUGAACGAUUUAGACACUGACUCGUCGCUGGGAAAGCGUGUCGACUUCGCCGCAGCAUGAGACUCACCAUCAUCGCCCCAGAUAGUCUGUACGAGCACGAUGUGGAUCCGUCGAUGGAGGUCCAGGAUAUCCAAGCUCUCAUCGAAGCAGAGACUGGUCUUGCGUCGCCCAACUUCAUCUUGUCCACCGACAAUGGUGUGACCAUGAAUGAGGUCAAGAGGUCUUUGGGCAGCUACGAUCUAAAGGGGGAGAAUGGGACCAUUUUCCUUACUUUCAGAGACCUCCCAUCCGCGCCUUCCGGUCCUUCGGGCUCAUCCUCCUCCUCGACACCGGGCUUUCCUACAAACGACGCAGAGCUCGAGCGAAUGCGCCUUCAAGCGUUGGGUGACCCGAAUUUGAUGCGAGAGCUCAGGCUGGUGAGCUAGGACGCACAGUUCCUGUACCCGAUCUCAACUGUUCAGCGCGAUCCCGAGAUGGCUUCCGCCAUUCAAUCUGGCCGUCGAUUCAAAGAGGCCUUUGAAGGGCAUCAAGAGAAAAUCAGGAGGGCAGCUGAAG